AUGUUGGCUAUCACUUGCUUAAACCGCAACGGGACCGCGCUUCGACCGAGGUUUCUCAGCGCGUCUGACCCAAAACUACUUACACGUGAUAAGUAAUGAAGCAAACUGACAAAUGUUAGCCGUCAUUUGAUUAUUAUUAUCACUUAUUUCUUAAAAAUUGAUCAUUGACAAAUUAAAAGCGCAACGCGACCGCCCCGCUUGAAUCAAAGUUUUUUCGUCCGACCUGAAACUACUUGCGCUCCAGAGCACGAGGAAAUACUAAAGAGUAAGCAUUACGAGCCCGACGCUCCAAGUCAUUCCAAUUGCCAUCAAAAAAAAACUCACCAUGUCUGAUAGUUCAGUAAUAGCCAUUUAUAUUGCUUCAUAGUUGCUGGGGAUAAGAAAUAAAUACAGCAAAACGCAGCGACAUUCAACGCCGAAACAAACGGAAAAAUCAAGUUUUCAAUGAACCGAAAUUGAGCCUCGUUCAGAAAAUCAGAAUCACGGACGCAAUCCGGGUACAUCUUCGUGAACGGAAAAACCGGAGCUUCAAGGGAAAAGCUUGGAAUUUCGAAUGACUAAAAACCCAUUCAGCUGUCUGUUGUUCAAAAAACCACCUGUAACUAUAACGAGUAAGGUGCUUUUUAUGUUAAAUGACAGCUGCGAAAACGAAAUUACUGACGGAAAAUUGAAUAAAUGUCCAACCAGAGGUUUUAACUUCUGACAUUUCAUUCUGUUUGAAGUUGUUAAAAUGGAUUUUUUGAGCUCAAAGUCUGAUUUCUAGUUUCUUUUUGUAAAGAAAAACUUCUUCAUUGAGUUUAUUCAACGUUGACGGUUUUCAAAGAUCAAAGGCGUACGGGAUAGACGAUUUCUUCAGUUGCAACCGACCCAAAACGGCUUGCGCGCAAGACCAUUUUUUAGUGUUGAGCUUUUAUUUUUGAUAUUUUGGAAAGCAUGGUCGGAUCUUGACACGGUAACAUCUUAGAAAAUUCCGUAAAAAUAUCCGAUGUUAUCUCAUUGUUGUUCAUGUUAUGGAACGAGAAUCUAUUUCUUCAUUUUUUUUUGAAAAUAUUUUGCCCAGAGGAGUAUUUAGUGAAGACCUGUAAGACUUAGAAAUCCCAGAGUGGUCCCUAGAAUUACAUCCUUUUUCCUUCAGGGACCACCUUAUAGUGGGCGCUAAAGCUUGCCAGAGGCCACUACAGUGUUUUUAGUAAGUGACCUCUCUAGGGGAGCACGCCAGCGGUCCUUAUGCGACUUUUCAACAUUGAAAUCAGAGCAAAAAAAAAUGGGAGACUACUAUAAAGAUCACUUAGGCUUGAGGUAAUCAGGAAUCGGACUCUAAACCCCUACACGGACCACCUAAGCUUCAACCCUCUAGGGACCACUCUGGCGUUCCUAAGAAAGUUUUUCAAGAACACUUUUCCACCUGCCAUUUCGAGAACCCAGCCCAUUAGGCCAACUUCAAUUCCCAUCCAGCUUUCUUGAGCUUUUCCCAGCAUGUAUAUUCGCCUUAUUCGGAUACGUCUCCCGACUCUUUUCAUGUGAGAAUCAAGGGAACCAAAAAAUGCUAACAAGUCUCUCGGCUCCAUAAACAAAACGGCUCAUUUCGCAUUCGCCUGCUCUUUGUUUCCUGUUGUUGACGAGACUCUUGAGACGAAACAUUUCCAAGAAACGGCGGGAUUACGGUAAUUGUUUCCGUUGUAUAAUGUGAAGUUGAAUCGGAGUGGGAAAGUUUUUAUGUUUCUUGGAUCGAAAUUUUCUGGAAAAAGGUUGAUUUUCAAGGAGUUUUAGUCUUAUUUGAGCUCAAUAGAGGUUUUUUUUUAUAGCUCCAAAAAUUUCCACUUUUUCAUUUUCGAUUCGAAAAUUUCUCAGCAAACGUAGAACUUUCAAAAGUUGACUCUCCGAGGCUUACUGGAGCUUUUCAGUGCCUCUGCGCGCAAGUCGUUUCAGGUCGGUCGCAAGUUGAAGAGCUUUACAAACGCUACGACUUGA